UCACACAAGAUCUACCGAGAUGAGUCUAGCAGAAAGACUUCAAUUACUCGAACACUGCUUCCAGACAGACACUUUGGGAUAUCAUCUCUCUGUUUUGAAGUCAUUGUUUCCAGGAGGAUUAACAGUGCUAUCAAUCUUCAGCGGUAUUGGUGGAGCAGAGGUGGCAUUGCAUCGACUUGGUAUCCAUUUGAAACGUGUUGUCUCAAUAGAGACUUCUGAAGUGAAGCAAAGAAUUCUCAAGAGUUGGUGGCAUAGUUCUGGCCAAACUGGGGAAUUGGUGCAGAUAAGUGAUAUUCAGAGCUUAACGAUUAACAGACUGGAGAGUCUGAUGGAGAAAUUUGGCACUUUUGACUUUAUCAUAUGUCAGAAUCCAUGCUCCCAGUCCAAAGGCAGUUCUAAAAUGGCUGCUUCUGGUGACAGAUCACCAAGUUUGGACUUCUCUUUGUACUAUGAGUCUGUCCGUGUUAUACAACGUGUAAGGGACAGCACAGAAAGAAAAAGGUGACAGGUUUUCUUUAUCACAAUGUCUUGGAAUACCAGACUUUUAACAUUUAUCGAGAAAGGUAAGGCCCUGGCAUCUCUUUUUGUUCAUAAA